AUGGCAGUCGCAAUGGCCUCUGCGCAGUCGCGAUUCGACUUACCCGGUUUCUCCUUACCACUGAACUUCACCCCCAGGACGGUUUUCAAUGAUGAUAUCAUUUCCAAAUGGCGUAAAGAAAUUCAGGACAGCGGGGAAGACGUCAGCGAGCGAAUGUUAGAGUGGAUCAUCAAAGAAGCACAAUGGAAAGCUGAGGUCUUCCAAGAUACCAAGCACAUUGUCGCAUUCGACGUGGGUGUGGUCAAAUCGGAUGUGGCCAUACCGGAGGACUUACGACAAGCUCUGAUAGAGGCCGUCCGUCCCCUGGAGGAGAUUCCCAAGGAGCAGAAGGACUACCAUCCUGGGACGGACAACAAGGUAGUGGACCUAGUGCAUCCAUCGUUAUUUCCUGUCAUAUAUGGCCGAACUCGCAUCCUGCCGGAUCGACUCAUUAAUCUCCAAGCCUUUGCAAAGGACAUUGGUGAGGGCAACGUGCUCCCUGUCCGCCCAGAGGAGGAGUCUGUCACGGCGCAGAGUGACUACCAGUACCGCUGGUUCGAGAGGGACCCCCAUCGACCCUACAGCCUCAGGUUCCAAUGGCUACCCUGUGACGUUUACUUUGGACCAAAUGAUGGCAAUGAAUGUCGGAUUGCGUCGUACAUUAACAAUCUACAUCCGAACCGACACCGAGCCCUGUACCACAUCAUUGAAAAGAUUCUGACGAGGACCAUCCCUAUGUGGAACAAGACCUUGACUCUCUUGCAGGAUGAAUAUAAGCGCAUCGAAUACUAUGAAGUAGAGUAUGAAGACCAUUCAGAACCCGAGCCGGAAGCGGCAGACGAGGAUGAAGAGGAUAGCGACGAAUUCUGCGAGCUACACUGGGAAUGGCAAAGAGGACAGCCCAUCAAACAGCCAGAACCAGGAAGCUUUGUCCCACACACUUUGAAAAACCAGGUCAAUCUCCGCCAGGAAUAUGCCGAGCGAGGACUCCAGGUGAUCGUCAAGCUGGCGUACAUUGAGUUGACGCCGGAGAAACCCGAGUAUGAAGGAGGCUCCUGGCAUAUUGAAGGGCAACUGAAUGAGCAUAUCUGUGCUACAGCUAUCUACUACUACGAUAGCGAGAAUAUCACAGAGAGCACUCUCGCAUUCCGUCAACGGGCCAGUACGGGCGAUGUCGGGCACAUUAAAUACGAACAAUCCCGGCACGGGUUUCUUCAACAGGUCUUUGGCUUCGGACCUGACGUGGAUGGUCACAAUGAAUGCAACAUCACUCAGCUGCUGGGCAGUGUCGAGACCCGCCAGGGGCGUCUUCUCACCUUUCCAAAUAUCCUCCAACAUCGCGUGGCUCCGUUCAGACUUGCAGACCCGUCCAAAAGUGGCCAUCGCAAGAUCCUCGCAUUUUUCCUUGUCGAUCCCCAUCUGUCUAUCAUUUCGUCGGCCAAUGUGCCACCUCAGCAAGAGGACUGGUGGAGAGAACGACAGGAGCUCGUUGGUCGUUUGCUUGGGGAAAAGCUGCCUCCUGAACUGCAGGACAUAGUAAAGCAGGACUUCGAUGCUCAGCCCAUCACGAUGGAGGAGGCCAAGCAGUACCGAAAAGAGCUGAUGGAGGAGCGUUCAUGCAAGUUGGAGGCGCAGAACGAGAAAUUUGAGACCGACAGCUUCGACUUGUGUGAACAUUGA